UUUCCCUUCGAUCUUAAACCUCAAGUUCUCUAGAAGCACGGGAUAACUUUCUUUCAGAAUCUGAAGGCUCAGCCUCUAUUUUUUCAGAAACUAAGGCAAGAUAGUUACUUGAAACUUGUAUUAUGGGUAUUGUUCAGAGAGACGGGGAUCCUGAUCAGCCUUUGUUGAGGGAAGCAGGUGAUGAUCAUGACAAUAAAAAAUUAUCAGUAAGGGUCUGGAUUGAAUCAAAGAAGCUAUGGCAGAUCGUUGGCCCGGCAAUUUUCACCCGGGUUUCGGCCUACACCAUGAACAUCAUCAGCCAAGCAUUUGCCGGCCACCUGGGUGAAGUUGAACUGGCAGCUAUAUCAAUCGCCAACACUGUAAUUGUUGGCUUCAAUUUUGGUCUCCUGUUAGGAAUGGCGAGCGCAUUAGAGACCCUCUGCGGUCAGGCUUUUGGAGCCAAAAGAUACCACAUGUUAGGCAUUUACAUGCAAAGAUCAUGGAUUGUGCUUUUCCUAUUCUGCUUCUUGCUAUUACCAGUUUACGUUUUCGCAACCCCAAUUCUGAAAUGGCUUGGUCAGCCAGACGACGUCGCAGAAUUGUCAGGGGUGGUUGCGGUGUGGCUGAUACCAUUGCACUUCAGUUUUGCCUUUCAGUUUCCACUGCAGAGGUUCUUGCAGAGCCAGUUAGAGAACCAAAUUCUUGCUUGGGUAUCGUUUGUGGGACUACUGGUGAAUAUAUUUACAAGUUGGCUAUUCGUCUAUGUUCUCAAUUUCGGUGUAAUAGGGGCUGCAAUUGCGUUGGAUAUAUCAUGGUGGGUGUCUGUUCUGGGACUUUUUGGUUAUUUGGGUUGGUGCCGUUUAACAUGGACAGGUUUCUCUACGCAAGCCUUUUCUGGCCUUUGGGAAUAUACCAAACUCUCUAUAGCUUCUGGAGUCAUGUUGUGCUUGGAAAAUUGGUACUACAGAAUAUUAAUAUUGAUGACUGGACAUUUAUCCAAUGCAACUGUAGCUGUGGACGCCUUAUCAGUCUGCAUGAGUGUCAACGGAUGGGAAAUAAUGAUUCCUCUUGCUUUUUUCGCUGCUGCCGGAGUCAGGGUGGCCAAUGAACUGGGAGCUGGGAACGGCAACGCAGCAAAAUUUGCAACAAUUGUAGCCGUAGCAGAAUCUACAGUCAUUGGCUUCAUCCUUUGCAUUUUAAUCAUGAUACUAAGAAACAAGGUGGCAUUGAUAUUUACCUCUAGUGAAGACGUCCUAGAAGAAGUUGAUACGCUCUCCUAUCUCUUGGCUGUCACAAUUCUCCUUAACAGCGUUCAACCAGUUUUAUCAGGAGUGGCUGUGGGGUCUGGCUGGCAGGCAAUGGUUGCAUAUGUAAAUCUUGGAUGCUAUUACGUUAUAGGACUCCCACUCGGAUUUCUAAUGGGAUGGGUCUUCGAUUUUGGUGUUAUGGGCAUCUGGGGAGGAAUGAUCUUUGGUGGAACUGCUUUUCAAACAGUCGUGUUGUCCAUUAUAACUGCAAGAUGCGAUUGGGAUAAAGAGGCUGAAACUGCGAAGCAACGCGUGCAGAGGUGGUCGAGUCCCAACACAGACAAUGAAUCAGAAGACCCUAAGUAAUUAAUCAUCAUGGAUUUUCACCGGCCACCAGAAUUUAAUUUUUAGUUUUUAAAUUUUUUUUCUUAAAUUUCUGUGCAUUUCAAUGUCGAAUCAAUCUUUUUAAUAAUAAAAAAAAAUUAUGCAAAUAAGUUUUGAACAAAAGGGAGCCCUGUUGGGAAAUCCACUUCAGUUGAAAAG